CCUCCUCGACAUCGAGUCCGUGCUCGUGCCCGCCGCCGCCUGCGCCGAUCUACAUCCAUCCCGCCCGUCGUCCUGCCCGAUGGAGAUGACACUUGAUUCCUUGACAUACAAAGGUUCCAUUCCAGGUGCAAUCAACCAAUCAAGAAGGGAUAAAAAACUCUUUGUUGUGUACAUAUCAGGUGAAGAUGAGGCUUCAAGUAGCUUGGAACAGUCAACACUUGUUAAUGAAAGUGUGGCCGAAGUGAUAGGCAAUUGUUGCAUAUUCUUGCACCUAAAACAGGGCAAUGUUGAUGCAUCACAAUUUUCAGCUAUAUACCCACAGAAAGCUUUCCCAAGUAUAUCUGUAAUUGGCCUGAAUGGAGUUAUGCUAUGGGGUCAUGAGGGAUAUAUUGGCUCGAAAGAUCUGAAAGAAAAUAUCGAGAAAGCUUGGGCUACCCUUCAUGUACAGGAGACAGCAGCAGCUUUUCUAACUGCAUCACUUACUUCAAGAAUGAAUGAACAUGUGAAUACCAGCUCAACUACUCUGCCUACUCAAGGAGGCUCAUCUGCUGCAGAAAAUCCUUCCUCUUCAUCAAAUCAAUCUACAGGAACUUCUGGACCAAGUGGAUUUGCUAAUUCUACUGGUUCAGCAGCACAGCCACCUAGAAGCACGAGCCAUGAUGAAAUUCGGAGGACAAGUGAAAAGGAAUGCUCAAAUUUAGAUUUAGGUCCAGGUAAUAAAACUGUUAAAGAAAAGCCAGAUUCAGAUAGUGCCCAAGUAAAAGGUUCUAUGUCAGAUCAUCCAAGGAGCUCAAACAUGGAAGGCCAUGCAAAUCCAGAUCAAACAAGCAAUACAACAUCACUUAAACAGAAAAACAAAAUCAAUGAUGGUUGCACCAAAGUUUCCUCGGAGUCGGCUCCUAGCACAACAGCUAGUAGAGCUAAAUCUUCGAAGAUAGCUGCGGUUCAAGGGAAGGCAACAACCACCAGCAUCCCUAUCAAACCUGCCCGAUCUUUGGUGAAGUCAAAUGACAUUCAGCUGGUCAUUCGCAUUCCUGAUGGACCUAGUCUGCAGAUUAAACUGACAAAAGAUGAUAACUUAAGGAAGGUGAAAAAUUUUGUGGAUGAAAACUAUGCUAAUGGGGCUGGAUCCUAUGAUCUUGCUAUGCUUUAUCCAAGAAAAGUUUUCACCGAACAAGAUAUGGAAGCCACGUUGCAUGAACUGGGUAUUGAAACCCGCCAGGCUCUCACUGUUGUUCCACAUCAUAAACCUAUUCGAGCAGCAAAGCGCCAAUCAUCAUCAUCACCUGCCCAUGAUGUGGACAUCAAUAUGGAUGGGGACAGUUCAGGUGGUUGGGGAUAUGUUGGUUAUCUGAGAACCGCCCUUUCGUUCGUGAAUCCCCUGUCCUACCUGAGAGCAAAUGCUGCCCCAUCAAACCCUGACCAGUUGGUGAACCAGGGCUCGCAGCAGUACAGACCGAGCUCUGGACCCUGGAGGAGUCAUCCUGGAGUGGAGACUGCUUCAGAAAGCGCGGCUGUCGCUGGUAACGGGAGCCAAGAUGCAGCUAGGGAUAGUAGCUCCGGGAGUACGUUGAGGAGGAGGCCGAGGCAAUUCGGUGGCAACAUCCACAGUUUGAGAAGCGAUGACCAAGGCCCAUCUGACGAUAGGAAUGUUUACUGGAAUGGAAACUCUACAGAGUUUGGCGGCGAAGACAAGAAAUGAGGGCGGGCGGCAGCAAUAUGAAAUAUUCGAAUAUAUAUAGACCUGAACCAAUAACACGAUCUAUAGUAGGUGAAUAAAUGCAGUCCGCGAUGUUAAAAUUCAUUAGCUCAAAAAUGUCGCCUUAUAGUGUAAUUUAUUAUAAUUGGGUGGUACAGUACAGUACAAUGCAUCUGAUCAUUUGCUGUCAUGGUGAUAUUUCCCUAGUCUCACCUGUAUAUUUGUGGCAAA